GUAUCCGCAUUCGUUUGUCAUCGAAUCGUCUGGAGCAAGGCACAUUGGCAUGGGCACGAAUCGAUGGACUGGCCGAUGACGAGACACCGUUCGCAUUCGGUGGUGCCAAAUACCCGUUACGAGUGAAGUGGACACUCGGCACGCAUACCGUGUUGCAGAUUAUCUCUGCAUUCCAGACGUCAACUGCGAUUCGUACGAGUGUGCAGAAUCAAUUCGAAGUGUUGCUGAGCGCUCGUGAGCCAGGACAAGUGCAACUGCGAGUAGCGGUCGAGAUCGAGCCGAACGCAAAAUUGCAUUUUUAUCGAGGCGCUCGUUUGUAUGAGGAUCGAGCCACGGUCGUAGUGGUGGAAGGCACACAACUUCUGCAACCAGCAAUUCAACCUCGCUCGAUUAGAAUCACACCAAACGCUCAAAUUCAGCUGAAACCAAAUCGAGCUGAUGGAACUUUCGCACUACGUGUACCACAGCAAUUCGCAUCGCAGUUGACCAUCGGCGGGGACAGUAACGCUGUACUGAAGGCGUUCUCGAUCGGUGAUGCGGUUGUUGAACUCCAGCAUAUCAGUAUACCACACAAUGAGUCUACCUUCAUCCCGAUUUCGGUAUGCAUCAUAGAUUUU